CCCCACUGAGAUCCUCUGCCGAUUUGGGUGGAUAUAGUUGGUCGAGACGUCGCGAGUCUAACCUACUGUACAAGUUUGUUACAGGACUCUUGGGAAAACUCACUAUUGUGUUACAUCCACGCAAAUUCUUUCCUUCAUAAUAGCAUCGCAUCGCUGUGGCCAUUCUACGAAUACAGGCCGCUGUAACGCUCAGAUUUGCUAUUUUCACUUUUGCUUGACCCCAUUCCUCUCUGUGGCUUCCCCAAUUCACCACCUCUACAAUUUUAAUCGAGAUGGAUGACCAAUUCAAUGGCCGAACGGAUGAUGAUCUGUUUGCCGAUGACUUCGAGCCCGUGAGCGAGUCGAUUCCAGCGCCUAUCCCAGAGCCGCAACCAAAAGCUCCUGUCGACUCAUCUCAAGAUCCAGCAACUGAAGCCCAGCCUGCAACUGCCCCUAAAUUGAUUCAGCCCUCACAGCCGAGUCCGGCCACCAACGCCCCAAGGACAUUAGCACACUCGCGACACGCGAAACCUGCACAUCAGCAGCGACCGCGAAAACACUCUCCCAAGAAAGCCGCCCCGUCGACGACAAAUACUGCACCAUCCGAUACAGGUGAUGCACCAAACUCGAGCGAGACUCCUGUCACCUCUAGCCCCGCUCUAGCGGCUACCACUGUACGCCCCGGCUCAAAUACGGCUCUCGCUGACCGCCUAGCUUCCGGCGCGAACCCCCGUACGAAGCUCUCCGAGUCUGAGCUUGCCGAGAAAAUGGAACGUAUGCGUAUCUUGUCUGCGGAAAAGGCGCGCAAAUUUGAACAGGCAGAACAGGAUAGUCGCUCGCACGCUCUCGCCUAUGAGAAGGGUAUGGAGGAGGCACGGCGGCGUCGUGCUGAGGAAGCUGAGCGCCGACGGCGGGGCGAGGAAGAGAGACGGCAGAUGGAUCAGGAGCGUGCCGCAAACCGCGAGCGCAAGUUGAAAGCCAUGGGGGCACGAGAGGGCGGCUGGGAUGAAGGCAAGUCGGCGGAGGACGAGAAAGAUCGACGGGGCUUCAGAGGUGCGAAUGGUGGGAUUCGCGGAGCCCGGAACAUAAGGGGCGCCGAGGCCGAAGAGCCCAUCAGGGAGUUCGCUCCGGAUGAGUUCCGUGGUCGUGGACGCGGUAGGGGUCGUGGUGGCGUGAGGGGUGGAAGAGGAGGCAGAGGUGGUUUUGCUGAUAGACAGGCUGCGGAUGCUACUUCGCAUCAUCAACCACAAAAGAAGCAGCCCGAGCAGACUCCUCCAACCGCAGACGACUUCCCGGCUCUCCCUCCAGCUGCGAAGGUGGACACGACUGUAGAGGCCGCCAAGCCUAUAUCUUUAUCACCUGGGCUGAACUCCCCGCCCAUAGGCAAAUGGGACGACGAGAUGGCUGCACUUGACGCGACGAGUUAAAACCUCUGGAUAACGGAAAUGUCUUACUGGAUAUGAAGGUUUUGGGGAAUAAUAGAGCCCUCGUGGAUCUUCGUCUCCAUAUCUUUGGCGGCGUAUCUAGAAAAGACGUGACAUAAUAUAGCUGCUCACUGCAUGACUGAUUGGGUAAUCAAGGGAGACAAGAUCAUUAGCGUGUCCUGAUAUAAUAGUAAUAG